UCUUUCUCUCUCUGUCUCUGGAAGCACAUUGUUCAACGCGGGCUCGGAGAUCCAAUGAACGCUUUGGUUCAUUUAACGGACAACGUAACCUUCUCCGGACGAGAAUAAGGUGCAAAUACCCGCAGAACGACAAUAUUUUUGUUUUCUUCAAACCGGCUCUGACAGGCAGCAGAAUUUUUUUUUUUUUUUUUAUUUUGUUUUUUCCUCACCAGUGGGAAUCGUCGUUGUUGUAGCUAAUUAGACGUCUGCUCGGUCAUCAGCGUGUUUACUGAGCAGUGGCUGGAAAGAUGACGGAGUAUAAGCUGGUGGUGGUCGGUGCUGGAGGUGUGGGCAAGAGCGCGCUAACCAUCCAGCUCAUCCAGAACCACUUUGUGGAUGAAUACGACCCCACCAUAGAGGACUCGUACAGGAAACAGGUGGUGAUUGAUGGGGAGACCUGCCUCCUGGACAUCCUUGACACUGCAGGUCAGGAGGAGUACAGCGCCAUGAGGGACCAGUACAUGAGGACAGGGGAGGGAUUCCUCUGUGUCUUUGCUAUCAAUAACACCAAGUCUUUCGAGGACAUCCACCAGUACAGAGAGCAGAUCAAACGUGUGAAGGACUCGGACGACGUUCCCAUGGUGCUUGUGGGUAACAAAUGUGACCUGCCCGCACGCACGGUGGACACGAGACAAGCCCACGAACUGGCACGCUCCUACGGCAUCCCUUACAUCGAGACGUCUGCCAAGACACGACAGGGAGUAGAAGACGCCUUCUACACGCUGGUUCGAGAGAUCCGACAGCAUAAGCUGAGGAAGCUGAAUCCGCCUGAUGAGAGUGGUCAGGAUUGUAUGAGCUGUCGCUGCGUGGUAUCGUGAUGCAGCUUACUGCUGCAACUAGAGGAGAAAACCUUCAGCACAUCAUGGCAGCAUGGACUUAAGUUAGAAAGAUAAAAUGACUCAAUUUGAUUGAAUAUAAACUUCUGCAAAACCAGGUCAGUUGAAGCAAAGCUCCACAGAAAACCACCAGAGCUGAGUGAGCCUGCAGACCUGUUAUGGAAAAGAUGAUUUGGACUGAAGUGGCUCGCUGAAACAGGUCCAGUCCAAUAUUUGGUCCACAUUGACCUGUGAGCAACACCAUGACUCGCUCUUGUCAACAACGAUGUGGUCUGACUGGUCGGCUUUGCAAGUUCCUGCUAACUUAUUGUUUUCAGUCUCAACACUGGUCUUAAAGGGGGCGCCAUUGAGCCCUCUCACCUUGAAAGCCUGAUUCCACUCCCUUUGCCUGCCCACUGGAACAGCUGACUGAUUCACCCUUAAUGGAACCCCUCGUUCCUUUUUCUCCUGCCUUGGUUUGUCUCAGAUGGUCGUGCAAUCCCCUUGUCAAGCCGAAUACAAUGGGAGGAAGCUGACAUAAGAUGCAGAGUGGUUAAGCGUUAGCCUUUCUGUAAAAGUCUGAUUUUAUUUAUGAUAUGAGACCGGCUUUUGUUUGUUUUUGGAGAAUUUGAAAGUCAUGGGGCACAUUAAUGAGCAAGGGUGUUUAAUCCAGAUUGCACCCGGUUCUAUGUUUUUCCUGACAUAUACCUUUGAGGACAGAUUUUUUCUGUCUCGACAGCUGCAGCUGUUUCUUUGUUAAGGUUUAUUAUUAAAAAAAUAUUGGUCAUGCUAGUAGAUUCUGGUGGGAUAUGACUGCUUACUGUCAAAAUUACACUGAGAAUAAAUGACCCCUCAUUGCUUCUUAUUAUGCUGUGUUACUUUGGUUUAGGAAGAACAGGCAACACAUGCUCAAAAAGGUCGUAGACAUUUGGAGAGCUGAUCAGACUGAUACACAUCUGUACAGUUAUACAUUGGUCACGUCAGAAAUACAGUGCAUUAUUCAAUGAAUACCAGUCAGUUUUUCUUGUUUGAUUUCAACAUCUGUGAUGUAUAAAUGGAGCGAGCCUGUGAGCGAGUUCAGGCAGCCAACUGGAGUCACACCACUAUGAUCAUGUAUCACCACAUAAUACUCAACCAAAGUACCUUUGCUGGAACAAUUCCCACACUUCAACAUCAAUGCUCUUACUGAUGUUUUGGUUUCCUCCCAGCCACCUCCACCCCUCUUCCCAAAUGUUGAUUUCCCGCGUUGCUAGCUAAAAUGUGUGCUGUAGCAAGUGGCAAAGUCAGAUUUUGAUGCCACAUUUAAAACUGCUUGCUAAGUUGUACUUUUCAAACAUUCACACAAGUUGGCUGUCUGAACUCUUAUUUAGUGUACAGUGAGUAAUCGUAAUUUUAAUUUUAUUUUAUUUUUUUUUUAUUGCAAGAAUCGUUCCUCGUUGUUGAUAAAGCUCAGGAAUCAAGAGUCCUGGAAGGUCUCGUACAACAGCAGCAGAAACCAGGAAUAAGAAUGACGGUUAAUUUUGCAGUGCAACACAUACACAAUUCCUGCCUCAGAGUACAAACUGUCAGACGCACCGAACAAUCCUCAAACUGCUCCUUUAUCUCGUCGCCACCUCAGCUUUUUAAAAGGAACAGCGACAGGUCGGGUGCUAAUCUUGGCAGAAGCAUAUUUACUGUACAUGUUUACCUAUAAUAUGUAACAGAUGGUUGAUGCUGAGUUGUAGGACUGCAUCUCAAGUACUUGCGGUCCCCAC